AUCAGCUGUUUUGGCGCAACUUUCUUGCAAUUCCGAUUCCGGUUAUAGUAAUAAAAAAAUUAAUGUAAUACAAUGCAUUACACAAUAAUACGAGGACUCGCCACGCAGCCCAAGUUGGCCAACGUUCCCAAGCGGAAAUGGAAAAGCGUUGUGGGUUUGGAGGUGCACGCACAGAUUGCCAGUGCAUCCAAGCUUUUCUCCGGCAGUGGCACAUCCUUUGGAGCACCACUUAACUCCUCCGUGGCCUAUUUCGAUGCCUCCAUUCCAGGCACUUUGCCGGUGCUCAACAGAAAAUGUGUGGAAUCCGGCAUCAAGACAUCACUGGCUCUGGGCUGUCGGGUGAAUGAGGUGUCCAUGUUUGAUCGCAAGCAUUACUUCUACGCUGAUUUGCCAAAUGGCUACCAGAUCACCCAGCAGCGAGCUGCCCUGGCCAAUGAUGGCAAAAUGACUUUCCCAGUCAUAACACCUGGCAAAAAAGUUUACUACAAGACGGCCAAACUACUGCAGCUGCAAUUGGAACAGGACAGUGGAAAAUCCCUGCACGAUGAUUAUCUAAAAAGAAGUCUUGUAGAUCUAAAUCGUGCUGGCCUGCCCCUGAUGGAGUUGGUUUUUGCUCCCGAUCUGGAAACUGGUGAAGAAGCAGCCUCGCUGGUCAAGGAACUAAUGCUGAUACUAAGACGACUUCAGACCUGCAGCUGUAAAAUGGAAGAGGGUGCCCUGCGUGUGGAUGCCAACAUAUCCAUUCACCAAGAAGGCGAUCCCCUAGGUGUACGCACCGAAGUCAAAAACAUUGGCUCAGUUCGCAGCAUUUCACAGGCAAUUACAUAUGAAAUAAAUCGACAAUUGGAGACUGUGGCCAAUGGCGGCGUGAUCACAAAUGAGACUCGCAACUGGGAUGCAGAAAACCGACGAACAGUGGCCAUGCGUGACAAGGAGGUGCUGCAGGAUUACAGAUUCAUGCCAGAGCCAAAUCUACCACCUCUACAUGUAAACCUCAGACCGGGGUCAAAAUCAACAGAGGACCUGCUGUCUGUGGCAGCGCUGAGCGAGGAAAUUCCCGAAUUACCAGAGGACACCAGACAACGUCUGAUGGAGCAGUACAACCUUAAUGCGGAAACUGCCAUCAUUUUAGUGAACGAACCAAUUCUGCUGGAUCACUUUACGAGCAUUAGCCGUAGUUUAAAUGAACUGCCGAAGAAAGUCAUUUACAAUUUUCUUAUCAACGAUUUGCUGACCUACUGCAACAAAUUAAACUUGGAUGUGGAAGAUUGCUCAAUUAGGGCUGAUGAUUUAAAGGAUAUUUUACAAAGCCUACACACCGAGCAGAUUAAUCUUCAGGCAGCACGACAGCUAAUUGAGCUGCUCCACAAUAACCCCGAAGCGAAAAGUAGUGAGCUCAUUGAACUGCACAACUUGCAGCAGAUCUGCAGCCCAGAGGAGAUAGAGAUUCUCUGCCAGCAAGCCAUCACCAACCAGGGCAAGGCAGUGCAGCAAUACCAAAAGGGGAAGGCCAAAGCUCUGUUCGCCAUCGUGGGUGAAGUGGCCAAGUUGUCGUCCCAGAAGGCUAACAUGAAGUUGGUAGUGCAGUGCCUGGAAAAGAUGCUUAAACCCGCCAAGAAGUAAGAGCUCUGGUUGGUAAUUGUGUUCAUUAGAAGUGUGUUUCUCUUGUAUAUAUAUUUUAUAAAACAUGCAGUCGUCGAACCGCACUGUAUAUAGGUUUAGAUAUGCUAAGGAUUAAAUAUAGUUACUUUGUUUCGUGCUGA